UGGCCAUUGGCAUUAAAACUCAGGUCGGAGAAAAACCGUACACUCUUUCCUACCACGCUGUGGACGGUCCCCGUCGUCGAAACUCCAUUCCAGUCUCAAUCUCUCGCAUAUCACGGCUUGCUCUUCAAAUCCUCCGUUGCUUGUUUUUCAACUUCUGGAUAUUUAGUAGGCGAGACAUGGAUAAAGAGACCCCCAAUAUAAAGAAAUGGAUUGUGCUUUAUCCGGUUUAUAUUAACUCGAAGAAAACUAUGGCGGAAGGGAGACGAAUCAGUGUCGCGAAAGCGUGCGAAGGUCCUACUUGUGCUGAGAUUGCUGAUUGUUGCAGCUACUUCAAACUCCCAUUUGCAAUUGAGAUAGAUAAGGCUUAUCCGCGCGAUUUCAUGCAAAUUGGGAGAGUGAGGGUCUUGCUUAAAAGGGAAGAUGGAACUCCAUAUAAUCCAGACAUUACUUCCAGGAAACAGCUGAUGCUGAAAGUUGCGGAGAUGGUUCCCAGACAUCCUGGGAGGACUAGGAAGCAGGAGCCCGCCACAUCCACAUCAAGUGCUGGACCUGCCAAAUCUGGGAAACAUGGAAAGAAAAAGAGAUAGCUCCGCUCCAGUCUCACAAAUCACUCACUCUCAGCUUAGACAUUUCAUGUUGUAUACCCUAGUUAUGUUUGAAAAUUCAUACAUGAUAUCAACCAUCAUGUUUGAGGACGAUUCAUUUGUUUUGGUUUGAACCCUUUUGGAAAGUUGGAGAUCAUUUUUCGUGUCGCUUUUGCAUUCAUGGAAACAAAAACAAAAAACAAA